AAGAAAGAAAAAUCAGUGCGCACUCUCAAAAUCUCUUAUCGACUUUAUCUCUUUCUUCGCUCCACCACCACCAGCACCACCACCACCACCAUCAGACCAACUGCCAUUAUCUCUCUUUAUUCAUUCAUCUUCCUCUUUUUCUCUUGAUGCCACCUUACGCAAUGGUGAAUGUACAUCCUUGGAUGGUGUAAAUGGAGCUGUUCUUUUUUCUUUUUACUCGCCUGAAUGACGAGACAAGGAUGAGGGACAAUGUGGAAAAAAAGUGUUCGUUGUUUUCUUCAGCAUUUUUCCUCCCCAUCACCAUGGAAAGCUGGUCACUUGCUCUAUAAACUCGCGUCGUCAUCCUGUAGUAUCUCACUCUGGAGAAGGUUUUACGCGUGAUCAGACUGUAUUUUGCGCCUCCGUUAAACCACGAGAGAUAAACGCAUUCAGCUGUUUAAAUCAGUCACACACUGGAUGCAUUUAAUUCGCAUAACGAAGUAAAACAACUUGGAUGUGAGCGGACUCUGAGAUUUUGUUUUUCUUCGCCAUACCAUUUGGAUCAUGCAGAAGGCUCUGUGUGUACAAGUUCUGCUUUGGAGUUUGGCCAAGGCGCAGGUGGUGGAUCCUGAAGUGGGACUCACUGCACAAGAACAAGUUCUUCUGCUCUAUGACAUCAAACUGCAGUGUCUCCAGAACAUUUCAGAACAUGAUCCUGAAGAUGACGUAUGCGCCCCUGGAUGGGACGGGCUCAUUUGCUGGCCUCAAGGUUCUUCAGGGAGCCUCACCAAAGUGCCGUGCCCCAGAUACAUCUAUGACUUCAAUCACAAUGGCUAUGCAUACCGUAAGUGUGACAUGAACGGAACCUGGUUCUCGCUGGAGAACAGAACCUGGGUAAACUAUUCAGAAUGUCUGUGGUUCCUGACACCAGGCAAGGAAAGAGGCAAGAGGGACUUUUUUGAGAGACUGCACAUCAUGUACACUGUUGGCUACGCUGUAUCCUUCAGCUCCUUGCUGGUAGCCAUUUUUAUCAUCGGCUACUUCAGACGUCUUCACUGCACCAGAAAUUAUAUUCACAUGCACCUGUUUGUGUCCUUCAUGCUGCGUGCCGUCAGCAUUUUUGUGAAGGACCUGGUGGUGGAUUCCAACGGCGGCAUGCAGCAGUAUGACGCGGUCCUCAUGGACAACAUCAAUGUGGUUUCUAUUAGCCCUCUGGACAAUACUCAGUAUGUUGGUUGUAAGAUCACUGUGCUGCUGUUUAUCUACUUUCUGGCUACAAACUACUACUGGAUCCUGGUGGAGGGACUUUACUUACACAGCCUUAUUUUCAUGGCCUUCUUUUCUGACUCCAAGUACCUCUGGGGCUUCACACUUAUAGGAUGGGGUGUUCCUGCUCUCUUUGUCUCGGCUUGGGCCGUCGUCAGGGCUGUUUUAGCAGACGCACGGUGCUGGGAACUGAGCGCAGGCAAUAUUAAGUGGAUUUAUCAGAUCCCUAUUCUGACAGCAAUUGGACUCAAUUUUAUUCUGUUUGUGAAUAUCGUGCGAGUCCUGGCCACCAAGAUCCGAGAGACGAACGCCGGCAGAUACGACACUCGCAAGCAAUACAGGAAACUGGCAAAGUCCACACUGGUGUUGGUGCUGGUGUUUGGUGUGCAUUACAUUGUGUUUGUUGGGAUGCCACACACUUUUACUGGUCUGGGCUGGGAGCUUCGCAUGUACUUUGAGCUAUUCUUCAACUCUUUUCAGGGAUUUUUUGUAUCCAUCAUUUACUGCUUCUGCAACGGGGAGGUCCAGACAGAGAUCCGAAAGAUGUGGCAGCGAUGGACAUUAGCAUUCGACUGGAAGGGUCCAGUCGUGCUGGUUAAUUAUCGCUACCGCUCAGUGUUAACGAGCGUCAACCGCAACAGCAGUGUUCAGUCCCAGGUCCCAGCCCAACUGACUAACAGAGUGUAUCGCUCGUCUAGACGUAGCAGCAGCACUUGCAUCUCGCACAGCAUGUGUACGCACUCUCACCUCACCCUUCCUGGCUACGUCUUCAGCAACUCAGAUGCCGAAAGUCUGCCUCCAUCUAACCCUGAGGAGAACGAGGACGAAGCAAAACACGUCGACGACAUCACGCUCAGCGAAAGCACAAGAGCUUUUCCGAAAGACGGUGCCAAAAGCUCUGAUGACAUCAUCCUAGAAGGGGAGACCAAUCACAACGAUGAAUUCCAAGAGGAUCAGGCAUUUGAAGGGGUUGAUUUCCAAGAGUAUGGAAACAGUGCUGGAGACAUCAUACUGAAGGACACGGUACAGGUGCGCUACAGUGGUUUGGAUCAGGAGGAAGAACAGGAGCUGUAGGAGGACAAGGGACAACUUUGUCUUAGUUUGCCUUAAAUAUGCAGCGUUGCUGGCUUUAUACAUCACUUUCUAUCUCAGCAUGGGAUUUUUCAUUCCAAGGUGUGAGGCAUGGAAUUUUAGGAGACGUGCCAGUAGGUUGUUGUAAAUGGAAUUGCUGUGGAAGGAUUUGCAUUAAGAAUCAAUUUCCAGACUCAGUUCAAGUGAAGAGAAUGAACUUUGUCCACAAUAUCUGUGCAUGUGACAUAUGCAAGGACAAUCUGUAAAAUCUUACUAGCAUUUAAAAGGUGAUGUAAAAGUAAACAUGAGAGAAGGAGAGACAAAUUGAAUUAUUUUCUUAGAAAUAUUACUAUUACUAUGGUGACUGUCAUUUCCUGUGGUUAUUGACUUGAUGCAAACCAAUUUACAAAAAAGACAUAAAAUGUGAUUUAUUUCAGCAGCAUCAUAGUUCAUGCUGAAGGUCUUAAGAUCUGGAAGAUGUAUAGAAAAUGAAAGACAGCAGCAUGAACUUUCCAUCGAAAACUUGAGGCCUGAGCCUGCUCUUCAGCCUGUGCUCAGUAUUACUCCAACACUGAUUUUGCAUGGAGCUUAAAGAUGCUCAUAAAAUUCAGUCAUUUUUGCUGAACUGCCUGACAGGCACUUCUCAUUGAUUGUGUCUCAGUGAAUGCUGUCAUUGUAUAUGUAGUGAACAUCUUCUGUUUUCUGAAGAGGUGUGAGAAUGUACUAUAUUUAUAUUAUAUUAUAGUAUAACCGUUAUGUAUUCUGUGCUUAGCUAGCUAGCUUCUGGUGUAUCUAGAUUAAGUUUAAUAAAAAGGGUGUUUCGUUUAGACCCUGCGUAAAUGGCUGCUUCACUGAAACCGUUUCGACACGUGUUUAGCGCUAUGCAGUCGAAGGCGGGUCAGCAAAACAAACUGAUUGUUUACCACAAAGAGAACAGAUUAGCAUAAAUGCAAAGUGCACAGCUGCAAGAUGAGUAUAUGCUGUUUUUUGUUUUGUUUUUUUUGCACUGCUGCUUUGUUUUCGAUUAUAAACCUGGUGUUCAACCUGAGAUUUCGAUAUGGCAAUGUAUUUAUGUAGAAAAUGUGAACCAAAUGUGUUCCAUUAUUAUUAUGUGCAAUGUUUAUUAAAAAGUGAUUAAAA